AUGGCUUGGCGGCUGCAAGAGUCGCUACAAAGCUCCAAGACACUAGCCAUCUUGGAACUGAAGGACUGCGCCAUCGAGAAUUUGGAGAGAGAACUGGAUGCAGUGCAGUCCAAGUUGGCCGAGAUCAAGAAUGACAUGCGUCAAAAUGAGGAAGAUUUGCAGUUGCAGGCUGAGCAAGCUGAGCAGGCAGCCUUUGACCGUCGCAGAGGCUGCCAAGACUCUGCCAUGAAAACCAGGUUGGCAGAAGAGCGCUGGGAAGCUGCGCGUGAACAGGCGGAAGAGCUUCGCAAGGAUCGUGAUGCCGUGGAGGUCGUAGCUGAACGCCUCAUGCAACUGCGAGUACGUUUAGAGGCCGAGACCGCAAACCUCCACGCUGAGAGCCAGGCGCACCUGGCAGAAAAAGAAGAAAUCCGGCAAAGUGGCCAGAGGCUCUGGGACAUUUUGCGAUCUGCAAUGACGGAACACAAGGCGCAGCUAAGCUUGAUGGAAGUGAAGACAGCUCAAAGUGUGCAUAACAACGAAGCAGAAGAGAAGUGGAUGUUGGAAAGGCAGUGCAAUGAAUUGAAGGAGGAAUUGCGGUGGCUUAAGGACCAGCAUAGAGAAGUGGACGGGCAACGGCAAAGUCUGGAGAAACGUGCUUUGCAUGAUCAUGCAAAAGCAGAGUCCAUGGUAAGAGAUGAGCAAAGAGAGACAUUGAGAAUGAGGAAAGAAAUGGAAGAGGCUUUAAAGAAAGGCCAGUGUCGCAGGAGGAAUGAGCAAGCUCUUUUGGAGGCCGAGCAGGAGCUGGACACGCUGCGCUCUGAACUUCAGCUGGCAGAAGAUCAUCAGGCCACUGGGCCAGUAGGACUUGGGAGUUGCACAUCUCUGGUCGGACGUUUGGGCUCUCUUGCUGAGCUGGAAGCCAGCAUGAAGGCUCGGCGGCAGGUUUUUCAGAAAUCCCUGGAGAACUUGGAAGCAAGACGAGUUGCAGAGCCAGAGGCACCUCUCCUGCACAAGGAAUCGGUUGCAAACACAUUGGCAAUGCAACAGAGCGGUCAGGAGCAGCUCAGUGAGCUCAACCAGGAGCUGCAGUUGAAGGCUUCCACAAAAAGCGAAGAGGUGGAACAGGCAGAGAGACAGAAAGCGUUGCGACAGGAACUCCUGGAACUCGGCACCGAUGGAGCUCUUGUGAAGGAACCCUUGCCAUUGCCGCGUCUCAGGCCAUUAUUGUUGCGGCAGCUGUCUCAAUUGUCCAGCUCUGGAUGGUCUGCAGAGGAUCAGGAUUUACAGGAGUUGCUGGACAACCUGAUGACCUUGCUGCGUGAGUUGCAGCAACAAUUUUUGGAGGCUCAGCGUUCGAGCGAAGAAUGGAAACUUCAGGUUCUAGCGCCCGGAGGUGACAUCACCCCACUUGUGCCAGCACGGAAGGUGGAAGUCAAAUGGGGCGAGGACCUUUUGGGAAAGAGUAUGAUAGACGAAUCUGCAACCACGGACAUGGCAAAAUUGGAGGCCAAAGAAGCAGUGCUAAAGUCUGAGCUCGCCCAGCAAAAGAAACACUUUGAGAGCAUGAAGGAAAAGCAUUUGGUUGAAACUGCUGCUUUCAAAGUUGAAGCAGCCAGAGCUGGAUUGCGAGGACGCCAGAAGUUCUUCGAAGAGCAAGGCCAUUGGCGAGAUGUUCUGACUGAGAGUGUGUGGACAAUGGUCCAGCGUGUUGCUGCUGGAGCACUGGCAGCUUCAGAACCAGCUAAGGUGCUUCGGGCUGCAGAGCUUCUGCGCAUCAUGGGGUUUCAGCUGUGCGCUUUGGAACUUGGAUGGAUGCUUCAACAGAGGCAGGUCUACGGUGAUUUGUUGCAAUGCGCUGCCAUGUUCUCAAAACAACUUAGAGCCCCAGCAGGUUCAGCUUGGAGACAGCGGUUUGUGCAGCUGGCAGAGGCUGAGCAACUGAGCAUGGAUGCUUUGCGGCUGAAGUCGGAGGUGCAGACGAUGAAGGCCGAGCUUCACGAAGAAAAGUCCAAGGAGCAGUCUCUGCAACGAAAAUCUGCAGAUCCCUCUCUAGCAGCCUCCACUGUGGAUCGUGACGUGCUGAUGUCCACGCUCAGUACCAUGGGUGAGGUCAUGCAGAUGUGUUUUCGGUUGGUCCCUGCCGAGUCCGAAGGUGCCAAAGCUCAGAGUGAUUAUUCCACGCAAAUCCUGCGAGAGGUUCAAGAUGUGGGGCAUUGCUGUCAGCAGUUGCAGGAGCAACUGGCGCACCAGAAAGAAAUGAUCAAGUCUUUGGCUGUCCGCGACACCCUGCAGCGAGAUGCCAUGAAGGAGUUGGAGCUGUGGCCCAGAAAACUGGAAGGCCUGCUGGGUCUGCAACACGAUUUGCAGCUGGAAUACAAGAGCGCAGCCGAGGAACUGCUGAAGCUGCGAGAUAGCAGGUCAGAACUGGCUCAGGCACUGAAAGCAGAGCAGGAUGGCCUGGCAAGACUGAAGGAGAUUGGAACCUAUGGCUGGAGUGAUGCCCAAGCAGGCGCUCUGCAAAAUGGUUACGUCUGUGCGGAAAUCUUGCAAGUCUCAAGAAGGCAACAGUCCGGAACUUUGGCAGAGAUUUGCAUUAUCGACAAGGCUGGAGUGACCCUGGCGCGCAGCACUGCCGAUUUUCCAGAUGAUGUUGGCAAGCGCUGCGUGAUGACAGUCACGAUUCCUGAAGUUAUUGCUGCAAGAAAUUCCACUGUUGAAGUCUCCCUUCUGGGCCCGAAUGGGCAGAACAGCUUCAGACUCCCUCUAUCAGAUCUCGGUGGCCGUGUGCAACCGCAAGACUAUCAGAUGGAUGGCCAGAAGGCGUUGAGUGUAAGAAUGAGCCUCUUCUGUGUCAAAGGGCAUUCACCUCCAGCCUCUCGAGUUGCCGGGAGUCCUUCAGCUGGGCUGUUGGAGCUUGAGCAGCUGUGCAGCAAGCAGCAGGAAGCACUAGCAGCAGCAGUUGCAGAGACUGGAGAGAGUCAAUUUCACUUCGCGGAGGCGCGCGCAGAUGCCCACGCUGCAGCGACCUAUGCUGUUGCGGUCCGAGGUUGGGCACUUGCAGCGGAGAAGGAAGCACAACUGGCCAUGGAGGUCGCAGCAGAUGCACGAGAUGAAGAGCUGCAGGCACAACUGCGCAGGCACAACCGAGGCUUCGAAAGAGCUGAAGAGUUGGCGGCUCAGGACAGACAUAGACUGCACACAGAGGAGGUUGCAGAAGAUCAGGAACUGGGACGUGCAGAAGAGCAACUAAAGACAGAUGCCUGCAAGUCAGACGAACUGAAAGAAGCGCUGCAACGUCUGCGUGCUGAAACCAAUGAAUUGAGGAGCCAGGCAGCACCAAUCUCGGCGAGGGCAGCAGAGUUGCGGCGUCGCAAGCAUGCAUUAGAGCCUGCAGCCACUUGGGUAGGUGCCUUCCCUGAGCGGUCGUUAUCAGGCCUAGUAGCACAACUUGAUGCCGCACGGAAGACUCUGGAUGACGAAGACAUGGAGUUGCAAGUUCUGCGGAUGCAGGAGCAGCAACAAGAAGCUGACGUCAUGCUCUUUGCUUCCGAAGUGCAAGCCCAACAGCAGGUGACUCAGGAACUUCGUCAAGGCUUUGAACCACAAGAGCUGCGUUUGGAAGCUGUCGAGGCCCGCGAGAAGUGGCAAGAGAUUGCCCAAAGAGACGAGCACAUGGAAUGGCGGCAGCAGAUGAAGUUGCUGCAGCAGAAGGGGCGGGAAGUGAAGAGAGCAAAACGUGCGGUGGUAGAGUCAAAGCAGGAGGUGGACGCUAUGAUGUUGCAGGAUUCGCUGAGCAAAGAUGUGGAAGAGCUAGAAGUUUCGACGGCAAGGCUUCGUAAAAAACUCGCUGAGCUCAACUCCGCCACUGCGCCAGAGGAGGCGCUUUCAAAAACUUUGGAGACGCUGGAAAAGGAGAUAGCGACACUGCAGGCGCAGAGGUCCACAGCCUUGGAGGACAUCGAAGUCCUGAGGCACGAGCUCCAAGCACAGGCUUCAGUUCCUGCCUUAUCUGCACCGGAAACACAGGCAUCCACCGCAAGUUCUGCCCCAUCUCCUUCUGCCCCAUCUCCUUCAGUGUCCUGGGCAGCCAAGCGAUCAACAAAGCAGCUCUCUUUGCAACUAAACCAUGGAGCUAUGCGUCGGGAAGCCUUGCAAAAGCAACUUCAAGGGCAGAAGCAGGAGGAGGACCGUCUCCGGCGACAGCUGAAGGAGGUGGAGCAGCAAUUGCAGCUGAGCCGUGACGACGCGGAAAGGAGAAGGAACUUUGUGGCACAGCUGCAACGCUCCCUGCAGGCUGAACAAAGCUUCGAGCCGCAACAGGAGAGUGAUGCAGCUGAAAGGGUCUCAAGCAUGCUCAUGGAGCCCCUUUGUGCGCAAAGGAGGCGGCCAAGUCCUACAACCCUUUUGCCAGGACUAGCGGUGGUUUUUGUCAUUGGCAAUUUGUACCUCGCAAAUUUUGUUGGCCCGAGCCACGGGGAGACCCGACCCGAGCCACGGGUGCCACGGGUUGCCAGAAAUGUGCGAGUCGGGUGUAGCAUCAGCUUCGCUGAGGCUACUGGCAAGACACGCCCAGCUCCCGAUGCUGCGCUAGAGCUCGACAGCGUGUGGCGGCUUGACCCGAAGGUGUUCAAAACUGGCUGGGAUUCGGAGCAGGGUAAGUGGGUAGAUCUCCCAAAGAACAUGAUCAAGAAAUGGUGGCGGCAGCCCGGAUAUUUAACUCCUUUUGGCUACCGCUAUCCGCCCAUGUGGAGCAAGAAGGACUACGCUCUGGCCUGUACUGAGAUGAGAAUGGCAGCGAUUGAGGCUUCCAUGAUCAAGGAUCUGAAGGAAAAGGGCUGGACGAUUGAGCAGAUCAGGGGCAGAGCUAGUGCCUUUGAGUUCAUCGAGCACGACAAGCUUCCGAAAUUGACCCCAAAGCUCACCUUCCUCUUGCAGGUGAAGGCACUCUGGGAAGGCCGAGAUCCCAGGAAUGAUGAGCUCCUUGACCUGGCAGAGAUCUACAAAAGAGACACUGGAAAGGACUUGGAUGCGGAGGACUAG